UAGCUCUUUGGAAAGGGCAUAUAGACUUACUGAAGUUAAAACUACUACAAGGCAAGAUUAUUCUAGAGACAUGAAGUCUGGCUUUUGACUUCAGGAAAUAUCACUUUGGAAAUUGCUCUCUAGGCCUACCUUAUCAGCUGAUGAUUGCUGCCAUUUCUUCACGUGUAUGGAUUACUCCUUGGCCAUCGUGGCUACUUUUGCUGGGUACAGAUCCCAUUUUGUCUGGAUACCGCCACUCUUCACUGAUCACACUAAUCUGAAGGGCUACCAGUCCUGCUCACUUUCUGCUGGGCAUCACCCCUGCAGUCACUUCACCAUGUUUAUACCAGGACAGAGAUUCCUUCUGCCAUCAGAUGUCUUUCUGCUUGACUGAACUGCACUUGUGGUCUUUGAAGAAUACCUUACACAUUGGGGAUAGAGAUAUCGGCAUAUACCAGUAUUAUGACAAGAAAGAUCCACCAGCGGCAGAGCAUGGUAACUUAGAAGAAAAGCAAAAGUUGGCAGAAUCACGAGAUUAUCCUUGGACGCUCAAAAAUAGACGCCCAGAAAAACUUCGAGACUCGCUCAAGGAGUUGGAGGAGCUGAUGCAAAAUAGUCAGUGUGUGCUGAGCAAAUGGAAGAACAAAUAUGUCUGUCAGCUCCUCUUUGGUUCAGGUGUGCUGGUGUCCCUAAGCCUUUCUGGGCCUCAGCUGGAGAAAGUGGUGAUUGACAGAAGCCUGGUGGGGAAGCUCAUCUCAGACACCAUCAGUGAUGCUCUUCUCACAGACAGCUUUAUCGUCUUAUCAUUUUUGGCACAAAACAAACUAUGUUUCAUUCAGUUUACCAAGAAGAUGGGUUCUCCUGAUGUAAACAAAAGAUUGGAAAAACUCUCAGCCUUGGAUUAUAAGAUUUCCUACUAUGAAAUACCUGGGCCAGUAAACAGGACAACAGAGCGUCACCUAGCUAUCAAUUGUGCUCAGGAUAUAGUUGUUUGCUGGUGGCCACUGGUCAGUGAUGAUGCUUGGCCUUGGGCCCCCAUUUCUUCUGAGAAAGACAGAGCCAAUCUGCUGCUCCUGGGUUAUACUCAAGGAAGACUGGAGGUUCUGAGUUCUGUCCGUACAGAAUGGGAUCCACUUGAUGUUCGCUUUGGCACCAAACAGACUUAUCAGGUGUUGACAGUGGAGCACUCCAUCAGUGUAGACAAAGAGCCCAUGGCUGACAGCUGCAUCUAUGAAUGUGUUCGGAACAAAAUCCAGUGUGUCUCAGUCACCAGAAUACCACUCAGAUCAAAGGCCAUUAGCUGCUGCAGGAACAUUACUGAAGACAAACUGAUUUUGGGCUGUGAAGAUUCUUCAGUAAUUCUUUAUGAAACUCACCGUAGAGUGACUCUCUUAGCCCAGGCUGAACUUCUGCCUUCAUUAAUAAGCUGCCACCCAAGUGGCACAAUUCUGCUAGUUGGCAGCAGCCAAGGAGAGCUGCAAAUUUUUGAUAUGGCUCUAUCCCCUAUUCACAUCCAGCUCUUGGCUGAAGACCGCUCACCUAGGGAGACUCUGCAAUUCAAUAAAUGUUUUGAUGUUUCCAGCAGUCUUGUUCAAAUGCAGUGGAUAGCUCCGCAAGUUGUUUCUCAGAAGCCUGAAAGUGGGGACAUCUUUGAUCUCCUCUUCCUCAGAUUUGACAGAGGACCUUUGGGUGUACUUUUGUUUAAACUUGGUAUCUUCACACGAGGACAGCUGGGCCUGGUAGACAUUGUCUUCCAAUACAUUCACUGUGAUGAGAUCUAUGAGGCAAUAAACAUACUAAGCAGUAUGAACUGGGACACUCUGGGCCACCAGUGCUUUAUCAGCAUGAGUGCCAUUGUAAACCAUCUUCUUAGACAAAAGCUCACGCCAGAGAGAGAAGCACAGCUUGAGGCAAGCCUUGGAACCUUCUAUGCUCCAACAAGACCGCUCUUGGAUACAACUAUAUUGGAAUAUAGAGACCAAAUCAGCAAAUAUGCAAGGAGAUUCUUCCACCACUUGCUCAGGUACCAGAGAUUUGAAAAGGCAUUUCUGUUAGCUGUUGACAUUGGUGCUCGUGACCUGUUUAUGGAUAUCCAUUACCUUGCACUAGAUAAGGGUGAAUUGGCACUAGCUGAAGUGGCAAGAAAAAGAGCUAGCGACAUUGAUGCAGAAUCAAUAACUUCUGGAGUUGAACUCCUGGGGCCUUUGGACAGAGGGGAUAUGCUAAAUGAAGUUUUCGUUGGCCUAUCGUUAACACCUCACGGAGAAGACACAUUUCCAGAUAACUUUUGUUCAAUCCAUGGACAUAUUAUUCAACGAAGAACACUGAAUGUCUCUUCUAACAGCCCUUACAACCACAGACAAGUAUGUGACAGAAGGGAUGAACUUGAAAAAAAUAUCUGUGCUGAAUCUUUGAAGGAAGGAGAAAUGAGAGAAGACUGCACAAGACAGGAAAUUGGAGAUGGUGGUUCUCUGAGAAUGGUUCACUUUGGUUUGGUGUAAAGAGAAAUUUGUGCUUUACUUAAAAGAGAAACCUGCAUUUUUCACAUCUAAACUUGUUCAUGGCCUGAUACUGAUUAAAAUCUCCCUACAUGGCUUAAAAAGAGGAAAGACAGUAUGAAUUAGUUAAGAGUUUUAAAUUCAGAGUGUUUUGAAAGCAAAGUUUUAUUAGUUUCAAAAACAUGCAGCAUUUAUGGCAGUUAUCCUAAAUAAAAGUCCUUAACUUAUUUUCAAUAAUGUAAAAUUUUGCAAGGUUCGUAAUUGUUAGGUUCUUCAAAACUAGAACACGUAAACUUGGUUCUUACAAGUAUUUUAAACAUUUCCUCUUGUGCUCAUUUACAUUAUUAAUUUGCAUUAUGAAUCAAGUAUUAAGCAAAAAUUUCAGACCAGACCCAUUGUUGGGAGACAAUUUUCCAAGGAUCUCUUGAAUUACUCCUAUGAGGUACUGACUCCCCCUUGGAGCAAGACACUAUUUCCCUAUGGAGCAAAGGGCAGGCAUGCUUACUGACUAUUAUAAAAGAUCUGAAGUUCCCUAAGCUCAGAGUUCCUACCCUUUACACAGCCCACUGAGUGUGAAGAUGUCAUCUAGCCUUCUUUACAUCACCCUAUGGGAAUGGGGCUCAGACAAUCAAUGCCCCUCCCCCCUAAAAAAGUUGAUACUCUAUUUACUAUUACUGUGAGAAAUAAACCCCUUUAUCUCUGACCCAGGAGUUUCAUGUCUUAUACCAGCACAAAACUGUAGUUUGAUAACUUGGUAGCUUGCAAGUAGCGUUAAAAUCUCAGACCCUUCAAAAUAACUUGGUAGCUUGCAAGUAGGGUUAAAAUCUCAGACCAUUCAUUAGUAGAUAGCAUAUAUUUUACAAUUGUAAAUGUCUAUAACAAUGAACAUCUUUUUCAAACACUGUACAUGAGGUAAAUUAUAUAUUUAAAUAUUAUGGCUAAAAUUUAAUUAGAUUGAAGGUUUUUAUACUUCAGGGUUUUCUCCCUAUUUCCUAUUCAUCUGUACCUCAACCAGGGGGUAUGACAAAGAAAGAUGAAACUAAAAUUACACUUUUCAGUUUGCUACUGCUCUGGAAAAGUUUUAGUAAUGUAUUGUAUGUAAGCCAUACUAAAAAGAGAUGUAGAGUUACCAGCAACUUUUCAUUUUACUAUUCCCAUCAUUCUUUUUCACAUUAAUCAAAAGAACUAAUUUAAUUUAUAAGGCAAAAUUGUGAUUACAUCACAGAAAUGGCAGCAUGAGGAGUGCUUCUUGAAAUCUCCCCUGGAAUUUACAACAAACUGAACAGCCAUCAUUCAACAAAGGAUUCCCUGCUCAACAUACAGGAACACUUGAGAGACCCGCAAAUUGAAGGAAAAAAUUGUAUUGAGAAAGAUAUAGUUUUUGUCAAGAUGGCAACAUUUUCUCCAGAUUUUCUAGUAAAUAAUAGUCAUUAACCAAAAAUACAAACCGCAUUUCCUGAUCUACAAUACCCUUUUGUUUACUUGGCCACUGUCUUCUACAACUAAGUGAGACACUAGUAGAAAAGUUCAGUACUAUUUCUAGGUCCUAUGUGAGAAGACCACAGUCUAUGCUAAAAAGUAAAAACUUAAAUGAGAUAUUAAAAUAUGAAUAUAAAUAAAACUAUUUUGUUCUAUAUGAUGAUGAGAAGAAGUUUGCGAGUAAUCUAGGUGAAAACCAAAUAAAACUUAGUUCUUUAAAUUGCCCAUUUUUCCCACCUCACUUGCCUCUGGAAAAACUAACUCAAAUAUACAGAAAACCAAGUUUAAAUAGUAGUAAAAAUAUAUUAUGCAUGAGACCUUUGAAAAUGUCUAUGAUUUAUGAAUGUGUUUUCCAAAUGUUGUGAACCUGGGGGUGUUUAUUAAUUAAAUAUUCCAAUAUAUUGCUAUUCCUGCUCUACUACAGAUUGGAAGGAUUAUGAAUGAGUUACCACAGCUCAAAAGUGAGAACAGUGGCAUAGACAAGAACAGCUAGGUAGCAUCUAUGCUAGCACUGAUAGGUUUACAGUUUCUCCUUCAGGAAUAGGUCCAUAAGCUUUUUCAACUAUUGUCCAAAAUUUCCAGAUCUCAAAUAAUUUCACAGUAACUCAUAUAAGCUGUGACAUUGUACCUUACUACUAGAAUAAACUGUGUUUAGAAUA